AUGAUAAUAUUAUUUGUUUUUUUACUUGUGAGUGAAACUUCUUUGAGUCAGGACUGUUCCACAGCAGUGGGUAUUACUACAGCUCUUGGGAAUCACUUGCAGUGCAUUAAAAAUAAUCUUGAUAAAGACUAUGGAAUACUCGAGAAAGAAGUCAAAGAAGAUACGAGAAAAUCUGUUCAACAGUGCUUUGCACAAACUAUUGAAGAAGGCAACAAAAAGGGACUCUGCGUAUUAGCACUUACCGAUCUCGAUUCAAAGGCAUGGGACCGUAAUGGUCCACUUAGAGACUGCGCGAUAUGCAGAACGUUUGCAUCGGGGGCUAUAAAAGCAGUUUUAUCAACUAGUCGUGAAGAACAAAAAUGCAUUCGUAUUGAGAUAACUAAAGCUAUAAUGAAAGAAGCAGACCAUUGCAUCAAAAAGAAAAUAGCCGACUUUCCUGGUAUGCCUGACAUUCCAGAUAUUGAAGAAAAUUCGUAUGCUUUCAAGGACGAUGUCAUUAAUUCGAUCUCAGACAGUAUUCUCAUUCGCAGCCGACUCGCAUUCUGCAACGAGCGUAAGCCAGCCAGGGCUGAAACAACUAGGCAAUGUUUACGAAAUCCAUUUUCGGGCUACCUAGAAAAACACUGCAAAGCAUUACAUGACUGUGGUAAUCAACAAAGUGCGUGUUUCCCACAUGUUCAGAAUACAAAAAGGGCAGCUUGCAGCUGCAUAGAAGAAUCACGUAGGGAAUUCAAAACGAGAAUUGCAGGCAUCAGUGAGGCGAUUAAAAGUAGUAUUGAUGAUACGGCGAGAGGAGCUGCAGCAAUUGAAUUGUGCACAAUUUUCAGGAUAACUGAAGUAAAUGAUUGGGUUGAAGUAGUAGAUUCAGCAUUGAGCCGAUGCAUUUCUAAUAAGCCGCAUGGUCAAACGAUUGGACUCGAUUCACUUUUGAACGUUGGAUGUAGAAAAAUCGUAGCCGAUACAACCGGCACUGCUCCGACCCAGUUGAAGACUGGUUUUGAUUUCAUCAACAACCUUAUUGAUGCGAUGGUUGAUCGGUCAGGCCGUUUCUGUGGUGGUUCAUAUUGUGGACAAUGA